AUGAACAUCAACAUCAACAAUAACAAUUAUUAUAUCAACAAUAAUAAUCACAAUAGUAGCAACAGUAACAACAACAACCACAACAACAACCAAAACAACAACAACCAUCGCAGGCAUAGCAACAACAGCUUCUAUGCUGCCACUUUACUUGAUGCCGAACCCUUUUGCUACGAGACUGUGAUGGAUGGCUCGCAUUACAAGCUGCCGCCAUCGGUGUUGGUUGCCACGCCGCCAGCCACAAUGCAACACUCGCAACAGCAUCAGCUGCAGCUGCAGCUGCAGUUGCAACAACAACAGCCACCAGCAGCAGCAACAGUCGUAGGAACUGCAGCAACAGCCACGACGAUAGCAGCCACAAGCAACAGCAACAGCACGACAACAACAACUGGAACUGGAACAGCAGCAGCAGCUGGAGGAGGAGGAGGAGGAGGAGGAACAACAACAACACGCACCUAUCUGGGCAUGUACAAACGUUGGCAGCAACAGCAGCUGCAGCAACAGGCGCAACUGCAACAGCAACAGCAGCUGUUGUUGCUGCAACAGGAGUUGCUGUAGUUUGUUGAGCGUUGUCAAACAACACCACUGCCAAGUUUAUCGACAACUGUUGCUGCUGUUGCUGCUGCCAGCAACCAGCCAGCCAGCCAGCCAGCAACCAAUAACAAACACAAGAACAACCCGAAGAAUUUCCAGCGCAACUUGCUUAAGGAAAAGCGCAUCGCAAAAAGAAAAUGAAACUUAAAUUAAACAAACAACAAACUAUAUGCAUAUAUAAAACAAUAUUUAUAUAUCUAUAUAUAUGAAUAUGUAUAUGUAUAUAGUAUAUAUAUACAUAUAUAUUAUAUUAAAUGUGAUAAACAAGCGUAAAGCAAAAAAAAAAAAAAAAAAACAAAACAAAAACGAAAUCUAAGCAUAAACAGAAGAAGAAAAUCACACAAGCAAAAUGCUGAUGAAAAACAAGAAACAUUGAUGUUGAAAGCGAGAAAAAACAGCGAAAGAAGAGAGAAUUUGGUAAGCACAGAGAAGAGAAGAGGAAGACCGAGAAAGAGAGAGAGAGAAGACACGGAUUAUGCUGUACGCGAGGAGAGGAAAAACAACAAAAGAAAUAUAAGUAAUGAUUAAUAAGAAAAUGAUAAGUAGUAGAUUGUAGAAAUGCCAGAAAAACGAAAAACACAUAAAAUAGCAGCAUGCAAGUAAAGCGAGAGCAAGAGAAGAAGCGCAAGCAAAAGGCAGAAGAGCAGAAGCAGAAACAGGAAGCAAAACGGAGGAGAAGAAGGAGCAAGAGCAAGAGGAAGAUGAUGAGCUACAUAGUUGUUUAAAAGGCUGCUAAAAAAAAAGAAGAAAACAAAAAGUGUAUUUUUUUUUUUUGUUAACUAUAUUGAACAGAACAGAGAAAAAGAGAGCGAGAGAGAGAGAGAGAGAGAAAGCAGCAUAAAGUUAAUAUUACAAAUAAUAAUUAUAAUAUAUAAUUAAUACAACAAAAUACAAAAACGAGAAAAAAAAACCCAACAAAAAACAAGAAAAAAUAAAAAUAAUAAAUGCUACAUGUAAAUUAGUGACUAGUUAACCAAUCAAGCAAGCAAAAAAAAAAAACACGAUACAAAAUCAGUUUUUUCUUUGUAUUAAAUAUAAAACAAAACAAAACAAAAAAAACAGCAGCCGUAAGCAGAAAAAUGUAAUUCAUAAUUGAUAAUAAUAAUGUUAAAAAAAGCAAAACAAAACAAACAACAGCCAGGCAAACAGUAAAAGAAAAUAUAGCAAAAAUUAGCGUAGAAAACAGCGUAAAAAGCAAAAAGCAGAAGGAAGGAUAAAAGAGAAAGCAAAAGAAGAGAAACGCUAACCGUAAAGUAAAAGCAUUAAAAAAACGUUGCCUUUGUUGUUAACACACUUGGAUGUUAACUUAACAAAUUUGGGACUUGUUUGUUUGUUGUUCUUCACACACACACACACACACACACACACAUACGUACAUAAAUAUUUUUGCCUUAAUAACAAAAUACACAUAAAUACAUAGAUUAUUAGACAUGCAUCAUUCAAUGUAUAUACAUUAAAUAUAUAUGCAUAUAUUUAUAUAUACUAUAUUAAAAACAACAAAACAUAAAUAUAAUAAUAUUUUCAUUUUGUAAGAGCAACACACACACACACACACACACCCCUACACCUACACACACACACACACACACACGCUUAGACGUUUUAAUUUCAAGAAAUGGAAAGAAAAUUUUAAAUGAAAACCGCUGCGACGAAAAACGUUGUUUUGCAUUUAAAUCAUGUUUAUUUUGUAUCAAAAUUCAGUUACAUUGAUCAACGCCCCUCCUCCGAAAUAGUUUUUAUUUUGGCAGCGAUACCCACACACACACACACCCUACACACACACACACAUAACAGCGAACAACAACGUCAAGAACCCAAAAGUUUGGCAAAAAAUCAUUUCAUCAAAAAUGCGGAGGAAAUAGUUUAAAAAAACAAACAAAAAAUGGUUUAUCAACAGCAACAAAGAAAAAGAAGAAAUAAUAAUACAACAAAACAACAGUUAAAAAACCAACAACAACAAUAAUAAUGUAUGCAAAAUUUUCAACAAGUUGUAUCAUCUCUUAAAAGGAAAACAAAAACAAAAGAAAUACAUUUAAAUAUAUGCAGCAAAAGAAAAAAAAAACACACACACACACAUCUGAGAAAAUAUUACUUCAGAUUAAAUAAUAACUAAUGUAAUAGUUUUUAUUAAAAAUAAUAAUAAUAUUAAUAAUAAUAAUAAUGAUAUAUAUAUAUAUGUGCACACCACAUAUAUAAUACAUAUAUUACGUAAUGUUUUUUUUUUUUUUUAAUUUUAAACCAUAAUUGUAAUGAACUACUGCGUAACAAUGUAUUAAAUAUUAAUAUCAAAGGCAUAUUAAUAGAAAUAUAUUAAAAACAAGAAGAAAAACACAACAUUUGAAAAAGGAAAAGGAUAACAAAAACAAAAACAAAACCGAAAACGAAAAAAAAAAAACACUACCAUGCUAAAUGUUUCAAUAAUAUAUAGAGAUCUAUAUGUAUGUAAAACCCAUAUAUAACAUCUGCCUAAAGCUAUAAAGUAAACGAAAAACAAAAAAAAAGGAAAUACUAAAAAAGAUGUUGAGAAAAAAAAAGGUCGAAGAAGAACUCUUCUUCUUCUUCGUACUCUUCUGCAAGCAACAAAUCGAUAUAUAAGUUCGGGGCGGGGCGGGGCAGGGGGGCGUAGUCUUCGUCAUGAAAUUCCACAGCUUUUUUCCAAGCCGCAAGUCAAAAAUAAAAAAAAAAAAAUAUAUAUUAAAAUUAACUACUAAAAAUAAAAUUUGUAAACAGCGCUUCAAAAAAACAAAAAACAAAACACAGAAAGAGGGAGAUAGACAGCAUGAAAGAACGAGAUAGGUAGCAAGAGAUUGGCAAUGAAAGAGAUAAAGCGAUUGCUAAAAAAAAACAGAAAGAAAAAAACAAAAAUUAAAAGUAAUAAUGCUAAAUAAAAAGAAUCAAGCAAAACCUUUUUUUCUUUAGACUAUACAAAAAUAAAUAAAUUAGACUUUAGUGUGCGCUAAAAAAAAACAAACAAAUAAAUAUGAAAUAUUGCAAAGCGAGAAACCCGCAUAAGAAUGAGACAGAGACCGAACUAGCGACAGAGACAAAGACAGAGAUACAGAACAGAUUCCGAUUCAGAUUCAGAUUCAGAGAAUACGAAUAAAUAAAUAAAUAUAGCAUGCGGAUGAGAAACAGAACAACACAAGAAAGAACCCCAUUAAAACAUAAAAAAACAAAAAA